AUGGACAUCCCCAGCAGCAGCAGAGACUUCCACUGCCUGCAGCUGGCCUGUGUGGCCCUCAGCCUGGUGGCCGGCAGCAUCAUCAUCGGUGUCUCCAUGUCCAAAGCUGCAGCUGCUAUGGGUGGCAUCUUUAUUGGCGCCGCUGGUCUGGGGCUUCUCAUCUUGGCCUACCCCUUCACGAAAGCUAGAUUCAACCUGGACCGCAUCCUGCCUACAAUAGGGAGCCUGAGAAUCCACCCCCACCCAGGGCCAGACCAUGGGGAAGGAAGAUCCAGCGCCAAUGGCAAUAAAGAGGAAGCACGAAGCAGCCUGUCUACUGUGAGCAGAACACUGGAGAAGCUGAAGAUGGGGUCCCGGGGGACUGGGGAGAGCUGAGGCAGGGGCUGAGGGGCUACUCCUUGCCCUACCCUCCCUUCCUGCCUGCUACCCUGAUCUCACAGCCCUCCAGGAUCCAAACCAGAGGUGAACCAGGCCCUGGAGACAUCAGAUCAGCAUUCACCCAGGCCACAGCUCUUGGCAAUGGAUUCCAAGGGGCACAGGGCAGGGCCUAAGGCAGUGCCACUGGAGGUACCACAGGGGCUCUUGUUUCAGGCUCUUGACCUGGGUUUUACCUCUGGACUGCAGCUCAGUUGCAUUCCUCUAUUCCUCUAGUUCCUCUGGAAUUUGGGGCCCAGGGAUACCUCAGUCACUUGCUCCAGCCUGGCCCCAGAAGUGAACCCCAAACCCACAGGAAUCACAGACAAGGACCUGGCUGUUGGCCUCUAGAGCUCACCAGCUGGAUAGAAAGCUGGACCAGAUUCUUUUCAGGAUACUGGAAACUCUGGGAAACUCCUCAGUGACAGGGACUUGGCAGCAGAGAUCGGGACAUAUCCUAGACAAACAAGAUAGCCACUGCUAUGACAGGAGCCCUAGUGAGGCACAGACCUGGAGGCUUCCAGGAGGAGGUGGCUCCUCAGCUGAGCCCUGCCCUGAGACUCUUGGUGUUCAACUCCAACAUUCAAAGCUUUUUUGUGAUCUGGCUCCAGACAAGACCUCCAGCCUUCCCUCUUCUACCCACUUUCUCAUUGCUCCUGAACAAUCUAAAUGCAUUCCAGCCCCCAAGCGCUGGCCUAUGUUCUGGAGGACCUGGUCCAGGAAUGUGUGGCUGUCAGAAAACAUUGCUCCUGCCUCCACACCUGAACCCUCAAGGUGGAACAGAGUUGUUUGACCUCUACAGAGACAUCUGCUCCAUGUGGCUUUUGUCCUGGUUUGGUGAGCAGAAGACAAGCUGGACAGAAUCUCAUUCUUCAAGGAUCAGUGCAGAUGACACCUCGGCUCAGAAGCUUCCCCUGAUUUCACUGUGCUCCCACAGCCCUAGGGCUUCCCUUCAUCACAGCCCCCACCACUCUGAGUGGCCCUUGUCUAUUUCCCCCUGUCCAGAGUUGGGGGAAGAGUGCUAGGCACACAGAGGGCACCCUGUGGAUGUUGGUAAACCAAACCUCAAGUGGGAGAGACCAUCUCAUUGUACAGAUGGGAAAGCUGAGGUCUUGCAGGGAAAAGUACUCAGUGAGGCCCGUGGUGAGAAGCUGUGGAGCCAGGUCUCCUUUCUCCCCACCCGAGGCUCUGUGCUGUGCACAGGCCACAGGCACCAACUGUCUGACCACGGUGGGACAGGCCUCCGUGAAGGGGUACAGUUUCACAAAUGCUGGCAGCGUGUAGAGGCUUUGGUUCUUCCAGCCCGAGGGUAGUCAGCCUUCCCUCCUUGAAUCUCCCUCCUCUCCAGCUCCCUCCUGCCUGCUCCCUGCCCUUCUCCUUGCUUUCAGCGUUAUCACCAUCAACAAUGACAGGCCUGAAAGAGUGGAUCUGUGGCAUCUUACUACACUGAUGGGACAGCGACUGCAUUGGGGUAUAGGUGGAGACUUGA